CUAAACCUGCACUCAAAUCCGUUUGAAACAAAUAAAAAUGAAAAUUCAAAUUUUGUUUUAUAGUUUAAUAAAUUUUUAUGUUGUUUCAACAAAUCAUAAAGAUGAUUGCAACAAUGAAAUAACUUACGGGUUUAAACAAAAUUUUUCUUGGAAUAUCCCAACAACGACUGGUUUUUUUGUUGCAACGCCCGAAUGCAAAGAUGUCGACGGAAAAUUAAUCGAAAGACAAUGUAUAGAUUCAGUUUGGACUCCGAAAAACAUCGUUUGCAACGAAAAUUUUUAUUCACCCCGAUCUAAAACGAACAUGAACUCCAUCCAAACGAUUUUAACGUUCGAUUCGAGGAAAGAAAAUGUAUUCUUGUUGGUUUAUAACCCGGAGAAUGUAAAAAACAUUGAAUGCUUUACGUUUAUUAUUGAGAAAAAGCCUGUUGAUUCCGAGAUCAUUUUUGAUUCGGACAGUGUGGAUUCGCGCCCGUUUUUUUCGAAGCGAUAUUUAGUGUAUAAAUUAGAUAUUUUUCCGUUUCCAAGUGAAUAUUGGUGCGAAAUUUAUCAAAAUAAGAACUCAACGGUUUUGGAGAGUGAAAAAAUAGUCGGAUAUAAUUUUGAUGAUUCGAAGCGUCACCAAGAAUUCGUUAUAAAAAUUAAUUACAAAAACGGAUUUAUAACCCAAAAUUUUUUAAAAUCCUGCAAAAACCUUUUGGAGCAUUGCAGAUUAAUGAAACGUAACGAUAAAAAUAAAACAAUUUGGGUUCACGUUACCCUGUUUUUUAAAAACGAUCAAAUCACAAAUGGUUAUUUCAAAAUUUACAACAACAUUAGAACCAUCCAAUAUUCGCAAAACAUCGCCAGGUUUAGCGUUUUAAAUUCAGAUUUUUGUUUACGAGAUAAAACAUUCACCAACAAAAUGUUACAUUGGAACUUAACACCUUUAGGCGAAAAGGCAAAACCGUCUCAAAUUUGUUUAGAUAAAAACGGAUUAAUUUUAACCAGAAAAUGCGUCGGGGAUUUCCUACACGGAGCUUAUUUCGAAAAUUUUAAUCAAAAAUGCUCCGAAGAAAUUUCAGUUUCAACGAACACAAUGAUUUUGUACGAAAUAAUAAGCCAACACAAUCUUACAAGCGAAACUUUUAAAAAUAUCUCAUCGAUAAUUAAAGAGGACUUAGUUUCAACGAAUGAUUUAUCAUUAUUUUCCGAUGGGUUGUUCGAGACGUGCGAUUUAGAUCGUUUCGAUGAAAUCGAAGAUGAUUACUAUGAAAGUAUUAAUAUUUUAAAUGCUUUGGACUCUAAAAUUUUAUCUUCAUCUCAAAUAUCGUUAAACGCGACCGAUAAAAUUUUAGAUUCGCUCGAAAAAUUUUUAAUAAAACACUCUGAAAACGUUUUAAACGAAACCAAUGCGAGUGUAACCAUCAAAAAGAACAACAUAAUUAUAUUCGCGACGAAACCAAUUUUUAGUAACAUAUCCGGGAUCGCUUUGUACGGAAAUUCUUCGUCAUUCCUCGAUUAUAACUUAACAUAUCUUUCAGAAAACGACACCUUACAAACGAUUUCUCGAACAAACCUCGAUUUAGCACUCCACGUUCCAUCAAAUCUUUUAAUUUUAAACGAAAAUUCUUCGUUAAUCAUCACGAUUUAUUUCAACGAUUCAUUAUUUAACGAAGAAAAUGUUACCUCGAAAGCUAAUAGUCGAAUAAUUUCGGUUAUAAUGCCCGGAUUAGGUAAAUAUUUAGAAGAACCAAUUCCGAUUUUAAUGCGGCCGUUAAAUUUAAACGCGAAAUUUGAUGGUUGUGGAUAUUGGCAGUAUGGAACGUCUUCGCCAAGUAGAAAAGGAAUUUGGUCAACAAAAGGUAGUGAAGAUAUAAACAUUGAUGAAAUGAUUUAUUGUACGUAUACGCAUCUAACACAUUUUGGGUUAUUGAUUUUAUCGGGGCGAGUUAAUUAUGAAAAAGAAACAACCUCGAUUUUAGCCGAUUCCUUUUUACCGUACUCACAACCUUUAGAUAUAAUCACAAUAAUCGGUUGUACUUUUUCGCUAAUUGGAAUUGUAGGAAUCUUUUUAACCGCUUUUAUGUUUAGGAGAUUCCGUGAAAAGGUGGGGUCGAAAAUUUUGAUGCUUCUCGCGAUACCGAUUAGUUCAGAAAUUAUUUUAACACAAUUAGCCGGAAUUGAUAAUUGGCACAAUAACGACACCGUCUGUAAAAUCGUCGGAAUCUUAUUGCAUUACGUGGUUCUAUUAAAAUUUACUUGGAUGUUUGUAAUCGCUUUGUUGCAAUAUUUCCGAUUUGUUAAAGUUUUAGGACCGAUGCCGGAAAGAAUCUUUCUUAAAGCAAACUUAAUUUGUUGGCUCGUCCCGGUUCUUCCUGUUCUUAUAACAGCCGCUAUUUCUGUGGAAAGCUACACGGCUGGAAUACAAAAAUUUUGUUACCCAAAAUAUUGGGCUUUGUACUUGGGAUUGUUCGCACCAGCUUGUGUUAUAAUUGUUUUCAAUAUUAUGAUUUUUGGAAUGAUUAUGAUUAACAUUUCAAGAAGUAAGGCUGUAAAAUACGAUAAAAGUGGACGAAUGAUUCGAAGGCAAACUUAUUUGGCCAUCUUAUUAUUUUUUAUGUUAGGCUUACCGUGGAUUUUUGGAAUUUUAGCUGAAAUUUUACCGAUCGGUUGGAUCGAAAUCACUUUCGUUUAUUUAUUUUGUUUAACGGCUACCUUACAAGGCUUUGUUUUAUUUAUUUUUUAUGUUGUUUUAGAUAAAGGUACAAGAAAUUGUUGGAUUGAGUAUUUUAAAACGUUUAGGAAACAUUAAAUUUUAUAUUAAUAUUAUUUGAUGUAAUAAAUAUUUAAAAAUUAA